AGAAAAUUGAAGAGUGAACUUCGUUUGAUGAACUUAAUAUAAAAAGCAAUUUUAACAGAACCAUUUGAGGGGUCCCAUGUCCAUCACCUUUUUAUACACAGUACUUGGCAUAUAGAGAUGCAGCUUGAAGGUUGCAUCAGUAGCUUCUGGGCUGGGAAUAGUUUCAAAAUGCGUCCUAAAUUUGAUAUGCUUGUCCGAAUUACAAUUAUGACGGUCAAAGUGUACGUGCAGUUUUUCAUUUUUACGCUACCAAUGCUGGCAAGCAUCUUUUUAAUAAGGGCCUCCGCGCCUUCCGACGAUGACUGGCAACUGCGAUGGGAAGCGUUUUUGUCGCUGGCGAAUAACAACCUGACCAUAGUUUUUGGGGUGAUACCCUCCGUGGUCUCAAUCACCGGCUACUGGAUCGUCGGUGCCCUUUUCCACCUUCUUGACGUUACAGGGUGGCUCUGCGAGUACAAAGUGCAGCCGGAAACCAACCACCCGCCACCCAGCCUCAAGUUGAAAAAAGCGUUGCGAUCGGUUUUGUUCAAUCAAUUGGUCAUCGGACUUCUGACCGGAAUUUGCUCCUUUGAAUUUUUGCGUUUGACAAACAAUAUGGUCCUGUCAUCAGACGACAUUAGGGUGCUUCCCACAAUUGGAAUUUUGCUCAAAAGACUGGCCGCGUUUGCGUUCUGCAGAGAAAUUGCUAAUUACUACUGCCACAGAUUGCUACACCACAGACUGUUUUACAAACGUUUUCACAAGCAGCACCAUGAGUGGACGGCACCGGUGGCCCUGAUGACCGUGUGUUGUCACCCCUUUGAACACUUUUUCAACAACAUUCUUCCCACGCUGGUCGGGCCUGGCCUAUUCCAGUCGCACCCUCUCAUCAACGCGGCGUGGUUUCUCUUGGUCACCCUUAGGCCCGUCUUUACGCACUCAGGGUAUCACUUACCCUUCAUGCCCUCCCCAGAAUUCCACGACUUUCAUCACAUGGUGAUUAAUCAGAACUUUGGAAACGUCGGAGUUUUGGACGCGAUCCAUGGCACCGACACUAAAUGGAGAAACAGUCCGUCUUUCGAAAGACACUUUACUUUUUUCAACUUGAUGCCCGCACGAAAAAUUUUAAAACUCUCAAAAGAGGGCAAACUUUCUACAAAAUUGACGAUUUAGAUAUUUAUAUAGAUGUAGAAAAUAAUUUUUGCUGCAAAAAUAUUAUGUUAUUGCAGACUGAAUGUUUCUACUUAAUCAAAACAUGUAUGCUACAAAUAUUAUUUUAAAUUAAUUACUGCUUUAAAAAGUGAUACAUUAUGCUGUGUUCAUUAAAGAAAUUU